AUGGCCCCUUCGGCACAGGCCCACAGGCGCUCUCACAGCCUCUUACUAUUCCAAAAAUUACUCAACCUGAGAGACAGCGCCAGCCCACUGACCCUGGUUCUCGAUACGCUGGAGCAGAGCGCAAGUCCUGCUAUACAAGAAUUCAUACUAAGAGCCAAAAUUUCUCACACCAAGAUCAUAUUCAUCUCCUUUGCCACGAUUCAAAAGCCCAGCCAUGCAGAUAUCUUGAUCAAGGCUCGAGGCAAAAGUCUCGAAAAGUUGCGGUCCGAGAUCGUAUCUCACUGCCCACCACCCACGGCACCACCAAUAUCCAAGGAUGCCUCGUCUUCUCCGAAGACCCUCCUUCUCAUCGACGAGCUCAACCCCCUCGCCGCAAGAGCCCCUCGCCACCUGACCAACUUCCUCUCCAGCCUCCUCACCCACCCCGCCAUCUCCCUCGUGGCAACCUACCACGCAGACGUGCCCCUCUCCCUGCGCCCUUCCGUGCUGAGCGAGUAUGAGCCCCACCCCUUUACCCUGCUCAACCACCUCGCCACCACCAUCCUGCGUGUAUCCAGCCUGUCCCACGCCAUCGAGCGCCGCCGCGCCCAGGACCGCAGCCUUCCCGAGCCCGAAUUUGGUCUUGGUGAAGGCCGCGAGGGCGUGCUCAUCGGUCUUCGCUCCUCCUCCUCCGGCAGGGCGGAUAGCGGCGGCGGUGGCGGUGGCACGGUGGGCGAGGGUGUCGUCAUCGACAUGGAGCUACGGCGGCGGAGCGGGCGGGCUGUUGUGGAGCGCUUCGUCCUGAUGCCCUCCUCCUCCUCAUCGCGGAGGGACGCCACGGCAGGCUUGUCGCUGCUGUCAGACCACCCGCAGUUUGUUGCUGCGCCGGAAGAUGCUGGUGGGGGCGAUGACGGCGAGGGUCUUGCGGACACGACCUUCAGCCUAGGGCUCACGGAGAAGCAGCGCAAGGACAGGGACGGGAUCGUGUUGCCGUAUUUUGAUGCGCAGACGGACGUUGGUGGAGGAGAGGGGGGAAGGAUAUUGUAUGAGAUGGGGCGGGAGGAUGACUUUGAUGAUGAGGAAGAUGAGAUAUAG